AUGGGACCGAGUAGCAGCGUAAGACAGCCCGAGAACUCAGGGGGCAGCACCGGAAAAUUGCGCAGUAGAUGUCUCAUUUGGCUGUGCGACAUUGCUGGUUGUAGACGCGAGGCUGUUCGGGGUAGUGUAUAUUGUGGUAGACACAGACAAGCUUACCUAGAUCGGCAGCGAGGAAAACCACAACAUCCCAAGAGGGACAAGUGUUCGACUUGUGGAGACGAACUACCAUCUCGCUAUAGAUUCAAAGAGUGCGAGAAGUGUGCGGGAAAACAGGGAUUAGGGCGGGAGCGGGCGACUCAAGAAGUCCCGACGUUCCAUCAAACGACUGAUCAGAAGCAAGCAAGAACUGAUAUCCUAGCCGAAGAGGCCCCAAGGCAAGCCAGCCAACGGAACACCAAUGCUGAUGUUUGGCCAGUUACGAACGAGAUAAUCGACCUUACCCAGAGCCCGAUAUCUGAGUAUCAUGGGAAUAGCGACACCUACAGCUACCUCAGCCCCGGAUUUAAAUAUCAAGGGGGCGAAUUCAAAUACAAAAAGUACGAGAAUAUUUCCCUCGACCCUGUAUUUCAAUUUCCUCUAAGUAAUUCCAGAGACGAGCCAAUGGAAAACACCCCUUCAUUCGGAUUCAACAGACUUAACAUUUGGAACACCACCCCCGCACCUCGACAUCAGAAGAGCCGAAGAACAAUGGCCAAUCUCAUUGCUGAUUUCAAAGCCCGUAACCCUAACGACACUAUCCCCGUAUCCGAAUCUCAUGGGAAACAGAGUACAGUUGCCAGCCCUGUACCUAAUAUACAUCAACAUCAACAUCAUGACUACGCCAAUAACUCCGCCCUCAUGAAGAUGUCGUUAUCAUUUAUCUGCAAUUAGAUCGGAUUCCUACCGAUGAGAUAUAGUCAGAUGUGGUGAUGAGUACCUCAGGUAGGUAAAUAAAAUGGGAUUGGCUAUGAUCUACACUACUAAACAUAGAUGCAUGUGACUGCGUAUAUAUA